UCCCCCCGGAUGAAGGGUCCCCCUGCCUCAGGUCCCCUCGGGUGGAGUUCCUCUGCUCCUGAAGGCGGUCGGGAGGACGGACGGACGGUCGGUCGGGCCCGGCUCCCUCUCCCUCUCCCUGUGCCGGUGAUUGACGGCGCCUGGUCCCCGGCAAAGUGAAGCGGCGGCUCGGGCAGGCGGCGGGCCCCGGGGAGGAUCAGCGCGGGAUCGAUGGAAGUCACCGAGAGGAAACGGAGCAGGAAAUCACGGAGCUUCAAGAGAGUGAAUGAAGAUUAUCAAGAUGAUAACUGUUCUGACAGCAGCAUUGAAAGCCUAGGGCAGGCACAUGACACACUUUUUGUCACAGGUGACGUAUGCGAGGGAUUGAAGAAACAAGUGUCAGGAAUGAGACGCUUUUUAAAUAACAAGGUUAACAGUGUAAGAAUCCAGCAGCAAAUGAUGCCUGGUCAAGAAAAACUGAAGGUGGAACCAGGAGCUUCAAAUUUAACAUGGCUGCAACGUAAUGUAAACCAGGCCAAUGUCUGUCCCGAUCAGCCUCAUUCAUCCCAGAGUACAAUCUGGAAAGAUAUCCAAACUCAAAGACAGAAAUCCUGUGUUUCAGGAGGAUAUAGUGGCGAAGGAUCCAGAUCAUCUAAACCAGUCAUAGCAUCAAAUACUGAAAGACUUCAAGGAGAGAUGCCAUACUCUGCAAUGGGUUCAAACUGUUGUAUGUGCAGUUGUCAGCCAACAUUAUUAGCCAUACUGCACGAACUUCGAACUCUACGCGAACUGAUGCAAGGACAAGCAGGUCCUCAGAGCACCGUGCACAUUCCAUCAUCCCAUCUUCCUACAUUUCGUUCGAGUUUGCUACGGAACAAAAUCAUUAAAAAAAGACUGAUCCACAGGAUCAGGCCUGCUCCAGCUCAACCAAAUCCUAAAGUUCACAAUCAGAGCAUCAGUUUACCACACACUGAAAAGAGCCAUUCAUUAUCAACAGAGAAAUUGACCACCGAGAUUAAUCCAAGGCAGAGCCUACCAAAUCGGAUACAAAGUUACAUUUCAGAACUGGACAGUUUACAAAACAAUGAUCUUUUAGAGCCAGAGGUCCGGCUUGCAGAAGGCUAUGACGUGUUUAUCCCCAAAUCUCAACUGGUCUCCAUAUUACUGAACUACUCUCGCUCGGGAAGUUUGCUUUUUCGGAAACUUGUCUCUGCAUUUUUUGACGACCGAACACUGGCUAGUUCUCUUCCAAACGGGAAGAGAAAAAGAGGAGCCAAUGAUAAUCGAAAAGGUCUUGAUCAAAACAUUGUGGGAGCAAUAAAAGUUUUCACAGAAAGAUACUGUACAUUAAAUCAGAUUGAUAGACUUCCUGGACCAAAGGAUUGGAUACAGAUUCUCCAAGAUCAAAUUAAAUUAGCCAGAAAGCGUUUAAAAAGGGGCUCUGUCCUGGAACAAUUUGAAUCCAGCGGAAAGAUGGGAAGCAGUUUUGUUCUAAAUCCAGGAGGGAGCUCUAAUGCAGCCAGUUCAAGCGAUAUGUGGAAUGCUUCUGAACCAGUCUGUACAGUUCAGUUGUGAUGUGUGGACAGCUGUUUUCCUAAUGCAACAUAAAACCUUGUAGUGAUUGGAUCAAAGACAGUCCUUUACUCAUUCAUUUUUUUCCUUGUGUGUAUUUCUCUUUCCCUCAUUGGUGCAUCUCAAAACACCAACAAAAUCAGCUGUUAAGUUCUUUGCAAAUCUUCCAUUUAUUUAACGUUCAAAGUUAACUAUUUUUCUUACGAAUUGAUGCUUUAUGUUCUUACGAAUCUGUGUUUUGUGUUCGUAAUAACCAUUCUGUGCUGCUGUCAAGAGUAUUGUAAAGAAUUUGCUACUGGAACAUUAUAAAACAUGCGCAGAAUUACUUCUAUAAUUUAACAACUAACACCAAAAUGUAUCAUUAGAAAAUUAUACAGAAUACACCAAAGCAACUUUUUUUUCUGUGUUUGUUCAAUUUGAGUUUAGUAUUUAAUAGUUUUCUAAAAAUAGUCUAUUGAGCAUAAAUUAAUCUUGCAUGCCACUGUAAAACAGGCAAAAGAAAGCGGGCAGCCUGUUUUGUACUUGGCGUGAUUUUUCUUUUACAUUGAAUGGUGGUACAUUACUGUUCAUUGGGGUCAAAAUCCUGGAACUCACCAAUUAUUAACUUUGCGGAAAGUAUCUGUUGUUAUGAUCCCCGCUGAUCUCAAUACUGGACAAGUCUAAGGCAGAUAAAUUCAGUGCAAAACCUCGCUUGUUAGAUCUUAAAUUUGUUUUCUUUCAAAAUGACAGCCAGUUACUGAAUAUGUUCGCAAGAGGCUGCCAGUGUUGUAAACAUCUAUUAAACCAGAGAAAAAAAAGAUAACUAUUAUACUAGACAAAGGAAAAGUUGAAAAAGUUUCAGUAUAGACAUCAGAAAAAAAUUCAACUUCAUACCACCUCUUUUAUCCCAAUGAUAUCUUUACAAAUACUCAAAGUUCAGUGAAGUCAACCUUAUUUUCACACUAAAGCUCCCUUGUUAGACUCAGAAUGGGACAUCCACAAUCUGUUUCUUUUCAGUGAAUUUCUGUGCACUCACCCAAAAUAAACUGCAAAUUAAGUCUGUUAUUACUUUUAGCUCAGAACAAACCCAUAGGAGUUCCUCAAAUUCUGAUGUCCAGCUGCCUUGGCUCUACUCUGCAGCAUUCCCUUGCCCACACACACAUUUCUGAACUUCUGGAUUGUUCUCUCUCUCUCUCUCUCUCACACUGAAUUUCUGUUGCUUGGCGACAAUCCACAUUUUUAAAAAUACAGUGAGCCCCUAACCUUCCCAGCACUCCAAUUCAGGUUAUAAAACUGAAUUAAAAUGCAUGUAAAAACAAAAAGAACCUCCACACUGUUCAUCCCCAAGCUCACAAAUGAUACUCUAAACAUGACUAACCACCCUUCUUAACACAAAAUAUAAUUUAAAGUUAUGCACUUAUCACUGUACAUUGUCAAUUCUUAAAGGUACACGUGCGUAGCCCAUCACCACAUUCCCAAAUAUAUCUCAGAAUGGGUAGUCAGUACUGGCCUUUCUGGGAAUGCUCUCAUCUCAGGCAGUAGGAAUUUUUAAAAUGAAGGCAAGUUUAUCCCCCAAACCAUCACCGGCAAUCGUGAUGGCAUAAUAAUUCAGGGUGACUCUUCCAGGCUAGUAUAAAGUUAUUUUACUUGUCUUGUUUGUACGUUGCUCAGUAGAUUCAAAUUGAGGUAUUUGUGAUGAAUGUGAAUUUUUAAUAGUAAACCAGUAUUAUGCAUUUACGACUAAUUCCAAUUAAACCAGCUCCUCUUAAUUAUCAUCACUAAAAACAAAUGGGUACAUUUCUCCAAAGGUGCUGACCAUGUUUUGAAAUGCUCAGACACUAAUUAUGAUGAAAUAGCAGUUAAACAAAGUCCUUGCUUUACACAAGUUGAUAUUACUGGCUUAUUAUUCAGGAAUAAACUGUAUCAAUUACAUUAUUUCUGAAUUAAAUUAUUGUAUAAUGGUAUUUUUUUGGAAGCUAAUAACUAAAUCA